AUGUCUCCUGGUCUUUCUCCCUUGUCGGACUCGCUCUCUGCUCCUCCAACUCCCGAAAGCUUUCGCCAAAAUCCAACCGACCUGUCCACCAAAUGGCUUGUUCAAAAGUUCGGGGGCACCAGCGUUGGUAAAUUCCCAAUCAAAAUCGCAACAGAUGUCGUCGCAAAGCAUCUCGACGGUCACAAGGUGGCCAUCGUGUGUUCAGCACGAUCCGGGUCGACCAAAGCUCUCGGAACGACCUCUCUCCUUCUUAAAGCGGCUUCGCAGGCCCUGCAACGUUCGCCAAAAUGCGGUACAAGUCACGCUAACGGAGCACACACUCCAAUUCACCCAAGGCCAGGCCACAACAAAAGAACGUACAGCUAUACUUCUGACGGCGACAGAGUUUCACAGUCACCUCCUUCUCCACGGUCUGUCGAUGGGAGGUCCUCCGGCUCUUCGUCUCCUCGAAGGAACGGGAUCCUCGGCUUCACACCGCUAAACGGCGACUCGGUGAAGUCAGCUCUGCCAGAGUUCCAUGUAACGGUAGACUUGAUCAAAGAUGAACAUUUCAAAGCUGCUAGAUCGUCCAUCCGCGAUCCAGAGAUCCUGGCCGAACUAGAGAAAGAAAUUGAUAGUGAUUGUGAAUGGUUGAGGAGCUUCUUGUGCGCUGCGCAGGUCAUAGACGAAAUUUCUUCCCGUUCUAAGGAUAGCGUCAUUGGGCUGGGGGAGAAACUCGCUUGCAAGCUGAUGGCAGCCGUGCUCCGCGACCAGAUCUCAUGGAUUGACUCUCAGGGCAUGGAAGCUGAAUACGUCUCUUUGGAAGACAUCGUCCCGUCUUCUCACCUCACCGGCGACUCGGAUCUAUCCGUUGGGGGAAUCAGUCUCGAACAACCCUUCUACGACGAACUCGCGAAAGUCAUCGCACAGCGUAUCGACCAAUGCGGGAGCAGAAUCCCUGUCGUGACUGGUUUCUUCGGCCCUGUACCAGGUUCACUCCUCGCUCAAAUCGGCAGGGGAUACACAGACCUCUGCGCUGCCCUCCUAGCCGUCGGCCUCAAUGCGUCCGAGCUGCAGAUCUGGAAAGAAGUCGACGGCAUCUUCACGGCCGAUCCAAGGAAGGUGCCUUCAGCCCGUCUCAUACCUGUUAUCAGCCCAGAUGAAGCAGCCGAGUUGACCUACUAUGGGAGCGAGGUCGUUCAUCCCUUCGUUAUGGAACAGGCCAUUCGAAAGAAGAUCCCCAUCCGCAUAAAGAACGUCCAAAAUCCUUCGGGUGGUGGUACCGUUAUCCACCCAGCGCCAGAAGAUCCCGUGCAGGAUAGCCAGUGGACGAACGGACACACCACCAACCCUUCCUCCGAGCGCCCGCCCACCCAUCUCCCCUUAGGCACCAACGGGUACGGAUUCGACGACCCCCGUAACCGACGUCUGCCAACCGCUGUGACGAUCAAAGAAAACAUAGUGGUAAUCAACGUCCACUCCAAUAGGAAGAGCGUGAGCCAUGGGUUUUUGGCUGGUAUCUUUGGGACGCUGGAUCGCUACGGAGUCGUGGUGGAUUUGAUCAGUACGUCUGAGGUGCAUGUUAGUAUGGCCAUCGCGGAUGGGAUUGGGAAACGGAUGGCGGAUAGGUUCGUCGUUGAAUUGAAGCGGUUUGGAGAGUUGUCAUCGCGGGCCCUUCAGGUGUCCGUCGAGCACGACCUGGCCAUCCUUUCUCUCGUCGGGAAGCACAUGCGGAGCAUGGUUGGCGUGGCCGCCAAGAUGUUCAGUUCACUCGCCGAACGCAAUGUCAACAUCGAGAUGAUCAGCCAAGGAGCGAGCGAGAUCAAUAUUUCGUGUCUUAUCGCUGCCCGAGACGCCGUGAAGGCGCUGAAUAUCAUCCACCAAGGUUGUCUGAAGAUUACGCCUGAAGAGCCAAUGGGUCGAGGUGAGGUGCCAUGGAUUUGGUGA